GGUGUCGUCGCUGGAGGACUGCGCAGACCUGUGCCAGCGGGACGCUGGAUGCACGGGCAUCGAAUACGAGAGCAACGCUUCGACGUGCAAGGUCUGGGACAAGGCGAUCGUUGAAAGCACGGAGGCGCCGGGCGUCCAGUGCCUGAGGCGCAAGUUCCCCGGCUUCGAGUUCGCAGACGCCGUCCCGCCCUCCGCCCGUGCAGCGGACAGGUCGUGCAUCUUCGAGGACGCGGCCGGUGCAGCUGGCUCGAAGAGCUUCUCCCUCAACGACGUCGGGUCUGUCUACGAGUGCCAGGCCCAGUGUGUCCGGUGGGCCCCCUGCGUGGCCGUGGAGUACGACGGAUCCCGCAAGCGCUGCCAGCUUUCGCCACGCCGGGCGUCCUCGACAAAGCCGGCUGACGGUGUCGCUUGUCUGCAUUAUCACAACCCUGCUUUCGAGCCCGUGGACGGCAACGUGGAGCAGAUGUGCACGCAGCCCGAAGAGGACAGGGCCAAGGAGGGCGCCUUCCCGCCCCAGGGGGAUGUGACGACGCUGGGCGACUGCCAGGCGCGGUGUGCACGGACGGCCGCGUGCACCGGCGUGCAGCACCACAACAGCAGCUGCCUGGUGCUCACGUGGCCCAUCACUGGCGGCACGCCGACGCCCGGUGCCACGUGCCUGCGGCACGAUCCCGCGCCGUUUGUGGACCAGGGCCGCCGCGGUGCCGAGGAGAUGGCGUGCCUCACCGAAAGCGACUCCACACCAGUGAUGAUGCAGAGUAGCAUGACCGUGUACGAGUGCAAGACGGCUUGUUCACGUACUGAUUUCUGCCAAGGCAUAGAGUACUUCGAGGACGAACUCAGCUGGUGCCACCUGGUGAUGGAUCCCAUCACCGGGUCGAAGGAGAAGAAGGGCUCUCGGUGCCUGGUGAAGCAACGCCCCGAGACCGCGUCCCUCUUCUGCUUCACCGUCAUGCUUCCCUGGAGCGACGAGCCGAAGCUGCUGGCCAUGCAGCUGAAGGAGCGAUGGGGCAUCUUCGCGUGCGACCAGGCGAUGGUGUACAGCAACCCCGUAGGGGAGAUCGGCGGCAUCGCGACCGGGCUAGUUGACACUGACCUUCAUUGCGAGAUGGGUGGGGAGCCCGGGCUCAUGCAGACUGUCCUCAACACCCCUGUCUUCGAGAAGGCGUGGGAACAGGUCAUCCAGCGGGUUUCCGCGCCCACGACUGGGUUGUCAAGGCCGACCCAGAUACCGUGUUCCUCCCUGAGCGGAUUCGGCAGAUUGUCCAGACAGUCCCACAGGACCACUUGGUCCAGGACGGGAUGUUCUUGAAGAACUGUAAGCUCGGCUUGCACGGUCCGAUCGAGGUGAUAUCGCGCCGCGCCGUGGAGAUCUACGCCACCGGGAACGCGCAGUGCGAGCGCCCUGGGCAGGAGGACGUGUUCAUUGCGUCGUGCCUGACCAAGCUGGGGGUCUACGAGCACAUGCAGGAGAAUGUGCUCGCGGAGGGGGAGUGCAUGCGCGGAGAUUUCAACGCGAACCCGACCUGGUACUUCUGCAACAGCAGCCACGCUUCGUUCCACCCCCUCAAGACCGAGGAGCAGUACAGGGACUGCUUGAGCAACGCGAGGUCGUCGACAUUCAAGCUUCCUGAGCCUGCCGCAGAAUAGCAUGUUUGACCCUGUGCAGCCACAGGGGGGGGCUGAGAAUUCCUCCGUUUCAUCAUCCUUCCUCGGCAUCCUCGCCCUUCCCUUCCCGCAACUCUUUGCUCAUUGGCCACACGGCUGUUGCUAGCUGUUACCAGCUUGCGUAUACGGACAUAGCUCGCCUGCGCGCCAAUGUGUGUUUUUAUCAAGUGCACGUAGUCGUAGGUUGGUCGAUGUUGUCCCAUCGCAUCAUCCGCUUUUAGGGGCCUGGCGCCAGGGCUUAAUGUGGUUCUUGGCGCCAUUUUGGCCUAGUGUUGCAUGGAGUCCUUGGCCAGGCUAGACCUUCACUCCACCUCCGGCCACGCCGACCUCUCGAGGGGCGCGGCCGCGCUCGGGCUGCGGCCCUCUGGGGCCUCCGGGGAGCUCCGCGGCCGAGCGCGCUCUCUGCCCCGUCUCCUUGGCCCAAGGCGCGGUCCCUGGUUCCAGGGAGGCUCCGUGGCCUUUCGCGCAGUAUCUCGGAGCAGCCCUCACCCCCUGUUCCCUUGGUGGCGGCGCCAUCGCCUCACCCUGCCUGGCGACACACCGCCGCUGGGCUUGCUAACGCCGCUUUGUCCCUGGCUACCCGUGCGCUGCCCAGCACUGGGCUUACC